ACAGUUAGAGGACCAGUUGCAACUAGCCGAGAAACAGGAAAAGAGCGUCCUUCUAAAACCAACGACGGGGUCUAUCAGAGCACAAAAAUAGUUCAACAUUUUCGUAAACACAUUAACGAUGAGGCUCGACAAAAAGAAGAGAAGGAAAAUUCAGCAGAACGAUUUAGCAAAAGAUACGUUUUUGAUGAAAAAA